GGGGAAAAUGCGUAUGGAUGACAAGAUUAACUGAUAAGCCUAGGCUUAUCAGUUAACCCUAUAUUUGACUACAUAUUGACAUCCCUAGAUCAGACCCUCCUCCUACUUAUCCUUCAUUGACAUAGUCUCCCAUCUGGAAAACUAAAUUUGUCUUUUCACAGGGUGUGAAUUUUUCCCAGCAUCUUUUGGUUUGGGAAGAUGAGAAGAUGGGGUAUUGUGAGUGCUUGGGUUGAACUCCAUAUAGCUUCCACAUGGCAGAGUUGGGCUCUUUCUAGUCCACUGUGAAAUCCAUAAAAGGACUGAGGCACUGAAAUGCUGAGUGUUGUGCUGCCUAACUUUUAGACACUUAGAAAAUCUCAGGAACAACACUGUGAUCCACAAGGCUGAGUUAGGCUCCUAGGUUUCUUAUGCAAUGAAUGAGGAGAUGGGUGCUGAAGAGUAAAAUCCACAAAAACCAGCCUGCUAGGCAGCUCUGUGCCUAACCCAGACAGUGGGAGAUGCUGAUGUGCUAAGCCCUGUGCCUUUCUCAGAGGUAGGCACCUAGCUCUGCUAGUGAUGCACAAAUGAGAGGAAGAAGAGGUUUUGCAGCUGCCCACUUUAUAACUUUCAGGAUGUGGGCGAUUCAAGUUCAAUUAUCCUGUCCCUGUCAGAGAGAGAGGAAGAUUCUACCACUUCUUAGAAGAGUGCUCUAACCGCUGAACUAUGGGUUUCUCUGAUAUGGCGCUCUCUGUCUGUCUGUCUGUCUCUCUCUCUCUCUCUCUCAAGUGAUUGGAGGAGGGAGAUUGGACCCAGGUUUGCUAUGUCCCCCAUGCUAUGCCUCAACCACUGGACUUCAAAGUAUUUCCCAAUCUCUCUGUCUUUCUCUGGCCCAAUCACCCUCUAUUUAUCUAAGGCGAUGUCUACACUGGAAAGACUUGGUAACAAAAGCGCUGUCAACAUUCCAAAGUUGCCACAACUGAAAACUCAUCAAACCCCCUCUCUCAGCUGCAUUAGAGCAAUUUACCGCCUUAUGCUGUCACACCGUCCCCUCUUCAGAUGCACUAAUAACUUACCACCCCUCAUGGCUGCUGCCUGCACCAUCCCUCCUACAGCCUGCACAGCAACUUAUCCUGUGUCUCUUCCCUUGCUUCAUGACCCUGCAUCUCUUCCCUUCCUUCAUGCUCCACAUAGAGUAGCUGAGAGUUGUCAAAAAAUAUUGGGACAUAAGAAAAAUUCCAUAUUGCCUGGCACACUGGUUGUCACCGGAUUGAGCCUAACCUCCUUGUCCACUACCAUCUUUUCAUCAGUAUCUUCUGUGUCUCGGUCAACUCCUGUUUCUGACUCUGUGCUAUGGGAAUUAUCCACAUUCUCCUUGGGUGUUCCCUGUGCUAUGGGAAGUAUCCACAAUCCUCCUCUCCCCAUUCAGGAUUGUGUCCAGUUCUUUAUAAAAAUGGCAUGUUAUAGGUGCAGCAUCAGACUAGCUGUUUGCCUCCUUUGCCUUCUGGUAUGCCUGCCGGAAUUCCUUUAUCUUGACUUUGUAUUGUAGGAUGUCUUGCUCAUAUCCCCUUUUCACACAGGUCUUGAGAAAUGUGACUGUACAUGUCCCAGUUCCUAUGGGCCACUUGCAGCUGUGACUGCAUCCAUUCUUUACCCCACACACUGAUAAGAUCCAAAAGUUCUGUGGUGCUUCAAAAGCAGGAUAACAUUUUGAGCGAUAGCCACCCCUGUUUCCCUGAGAAGAUGCCAUGAGGACCACUACACAAGCAGCCAGACGCCAGAAAAUUAACUUUAAAGUUCCUGGGUUUUGCAGGUUUUAACUCUGAUGGAAUUGCUCCCUACAGUGGUGUAGCUGAAUUCUAUUAAAAGAAUUGCCAGUAUGGAAGAUACUGAGUUCUUUGAUAUUUGUGAAAAGGAGCAGACAGCUGCUACACCAUUUUUGGAACAAGAAAAAGAUGACGAUGACAGUGCAACAGAUCAGUUCUGGCAUGUGGUGAACCCGCUAAAAGGACACAAGAUUGGAGAAGAGACAGAGGAGGAGGAGGAGGAGGAUGAAAUCAGAAGCAAGGAUGCUUCUGAUGGAGUUGGAGAGGACUCUAAUUCUAGUGUGGAAAUCCAGGAGUGCCCCAUUAACAAUGGUAAUAAUAAUAAGACCCUGAAGAAUGCAGACAAAGUUCAGAUAUUAAACUUGCGCAGAAAUCUCAACCAGCUUGACAAUGUAGCCAAAGAAAAGGACGUUACCAUCCAAAAACACAGAGAGAAGCUUAGUGCCUGCCAGCUGCGGCUCGAAAUGCUAACAAAAGAACGAGAGUGCACAGAGACCAAAAUAGAAGAAGGGAAAAAGGCUGGAAAUAUCGCUGCCAUAUUUCGCCUGCAGGCAAUGCACAGACGACUGUGUGCUGAACUGGGGAAUGAAAAGUAUCUCGAAUCGAAAAUUGCUUUGAUGCUGAAAGAAAAUGUGUACGAUAUGUGGCAAAUCGAAAUUGAGCAGGAGAAAUUUGGAAGCCUCCGGGAGCAACUUGAGCAAGAUGAGGAGGAAUUAGAGAGACAGUGCAAAGAGCGGGCAGAACAGAGAAUUCAGAAAGAAAAGGCUGUGGCCCGGCUAGCAGAACGAAAACAGCAGGUUGGAAAAAAAAAAGAAAUGGAAGCCUGGGAGGAGUAUGAGAGAAGACAUCAAAAAGAAGUCGAAGAUGCACACCGGAAUCGUGAGAAAGCAGUCCAGUUUCUGAAAAAAUCUAUGUCAAGAGUUCGUCAGAAAGAAGCAAAGGAAGAACUGAAAACUUGGGAGCAUAUGGAAAAAAGGAUGCAAGCUGUGCUGUCCCUGAAAAACAAUAUAACUUCCAAUAGGGAAAAACUUCGAGCCCUCCAGGUGAGAGACAGAGCAAAGGCUCUUGAGGCAAAAAAGCAAGAGCUGAAGAUGAGAGCGGCUAUUGUGGCAGAAGGAGGUGAUGUCACCAAGGAGAUUUUUCUCCAUAAACAAUGUGUGGAGUUAGAAAGACAGAAGCAAGAAUUUACUGAACAACAGAAAUCUAAAAAAAUUGAGAUUAUAGCUCAGAUUUUGGAAGAGGAAGCUUAUGCGAAGAAACAUCAAGCUCGGGCCAACACGCUUAGGAGUCGAGGUAAACUUCCAGAUUCCUUACGGUGGAGAAUCAAAACAUGGCAGUACAUUGAGAAUGCCUGUGAAGAUCCAGCUACAGCAGUACUGCAGAAGUCUUGGCGAACUCCAUCAGCUUGCUCCUCAGUUGAUGACAAAUCUAGUUCUGUGGCAGAUUUUUCUGAAAAAGCAUCACAAGAUUCAAUCCAUGAAAAUGAUGAAGAGGAUGAUGAAGAGGCAAAUAAAACUCUAGUAAAGCCAGAGUUUACAGGACUUUGGAGUCAAGACUGUAACUUAUACAAGGUGCCAAAAGAUGAAACAGAUCCAAAGCCACUAGGUGCAAGUAAAAUGGAAAGAAAGAUUUUCACUGAAAACUUGGAGAAACUCAGAAGUGGAAUUAUUCACAAACAAGUUGUGUCUGGUCAUGAAUUUAAGGGAUGUCCUUUUUAUAGCAAACCAAGUCUCAUUCACUUCAAGGAUUUUGAUGUUGGUAGAACCUACAAAAAGAAGAUAAUUUUGAUAAAUGCAUCUUACAGUGUUAACUUCUGCAAGCUGGUGGGAGUGAGUGAGCAUCUCAAGGAUUUCAUCAGUAUUCACUUUGAUCCACCUGGCCAGAUGUCUGCUGGAAUGUCAUGUGAAGUGGUGGUAACAUUUAAACCAAUGAUAAAUGAAGUUCUAGAAGGAAAAGUCACAUUUUUGGCUCAGAAUGGUUCUUUUUCCAUUCCUUUGAAGUGUACAAUCAAGAGAUGUGUUCUGGCACUAGAUAAAGAGCUCAUUGACUUUGGCACUCAUGUGGUGGGAGAGACAAUUUCACGGACCAUCAUCCUGACAAAUCAGGGAGCUCUGGGAACAAGAUUCAAACUUCAGACAUCAGCGGGUGACAAUGGCACACACACAGCAGUGAAAUCUUCCCUCGAAAAAAUGGUUAAUCCAGCUUUAAAUGACAUCAUCUCUGAAGAGAAAGCCAGCAGCAGUCCUGCAGAAUCAUCCAUAUCUGAAAACAAGGACCAAGUUUCUCCUGUUCAUACUGAAGAAGUUACCCAACAUAUAAGUCUUCCUGAAAGCCAGAAGACUGAAACCAGCCUGGGCAGCAGCCAUGUAGAACAACAUAGUCGAGAUACAUUAAAUGUCGAGGCAGAUCUAGAGGCAGAAAAAGCACAAAGCCCAUCAGAGCCACCAUCUGAAGGACCAGUUGAAAUUACACUGGGGAAGGUUACAGAAGGUGAAAUUGGACCCUUCAGCUCAGUCAAACUUCAGAUUAUUUUUACCCCAUCCAUCCCUGGGGAUGUACAUGCUGAGUUUGAGAUAGCAUUUGACAACCCAGACUGCAAACCACUACACUUUUGUGUCAUUGGAGUCUCUGUUGAUGUGCCUGUUUGGGUGACCAAUCCAAAUGUUGAUCUAAAAAUCUGUAUGUACGAUCGGCUCUACCAGGAUUCUAUCAUCAUUAGAAGCAGAGCAAAAGCUGCUCUACGCUUGAAGUUUGAAGUAUGCAAAGAACUGAGCAACCACAUGGAGCUUCUUCCGAAAACAGGUUACAUUCAAGCCCUGUCAACCUUCAGUGUGCAGCUGAAGUUCCUUCCCAGGCACUCUCUCCCAGAAGAUGCAGAAAAAUAUUUUGACACAGAAACCAGGGUUCUGGAAGUUCCAAUGACAAUAACAGUUGCUGAUAAGACUAAGCCAGUUGAAUUUAUUGUCCAUGCAAUUGUUACUACUUCUGAUUUGGAAAUCAGUCCAGCUGAAGUGAAUUUUGGUUACUGUACUAUCUGUGAAGCUGUUCAGACAACCAUCACUCUAACAAAUAAAUCCAUCCUGCCACAAGAGUUUGGAUUUGUUGGACUCCCUGAGUUUGUAGAAAUUCAACCGAGUGAUGGAUUUGGAAUGCUCCUUCCCCUGGAAAGCCUGAAACUGGACAUUAUCUUCAAAGCCAACAAGGCAAAGGAAUACAGUUUUGAGCUGACCUGCAAGUCAGAGAUAAAUAGACAAUUCAAGCUGUCAUGCAAAGCAGUUGGAGUCCACCCACCUCUUGAGUUGUCUCAUUCCUUAGUCAAGUUUGCAGCAACAGCUUUAAAUGAUGUAUCUACAGCAACACUGUAUGUGGUAAAUUCACAUGUGAGCCUCAACCGCUUUACUCAUGCUGUCCCAAGGAUCGGCAAUGGGGAAACUGCCCCUGUUGGACCAACUUCCUUUGAAUUCCUCGUGCCAGAAGAGUCUCCGGUGACAAUUAUGCCUUCUGUUGGAACAGUUUUGCCGGGGAAGAAAUGCUUGAUACAAGUAUACUUCAGACCAGUGUUGUCAGAGCAGCUAAUCAGAGAAGAGGCCGUUCAGAUGCUGUGCAGGGCUGAUACACAAAGGACGAUGUUGAAGAAGAUUCGUGAAUCAGACAUGCAAAAGAGAAAAGACGAAACCCUGUCAGGGAAGAAAGAUGGAAAGAAAUCAAGUUUUGCCAUUUUCAGACAGCCUUCGAGGGUCAGAGGCAGUAAACAUGGAGCUAACAGUGCUUUUGAGCCACCAAAACCAGAAGAAAUAAAAACCAAUUCUGAAGAAUAUAUUGCAGCUCAGUAUUCCCUGAUUAGGAAUUUCACAGGAAAGUUUGAGCGAUACAUCAUACCUUGCUUUGUUGCAAGUGGAGAUAUUGAUGAAAAGAAAGGAUCUGAAAAUCUAAAGUACAGUCCUCAUAACACCUUGUACUUAGAGUUGCAUUGUCCUGCUGUAGCACCAUCUGUUGUGGUCACUUCAAAUAAUGGAAAAAACAUCAUCAACUUUGGGGAGGUCGCAGUAGGUCACAGAUUAAUCAAACAAAUUACAGUACAGAACAUCUCCCAGGAGCAGCUAGCACUAGGAUUCUCCAUCCUAAAUCCCAAUGGGCCCUUCCUAUUGGUCAGUCCAGUUGGUACUGUUGAGCCAGGGGAAAACCAGUUUCUCUUCAUUUCUUUUUGUCCAAAUGAGAGUAAAGUGUUCUUUGAAACUCUGGACAUCCGGAGCAUAAAAGCCACCUUGACCCUCAGUAUUGUUGGCCAAGGAGUGGCACCAUCAAUUGCUUGUUCUGUGGACGGAGAAGUGCUCAAUAUGGGAUACGUCAUAGCCAAAGAGAAGGUCUCUUCCACGUUCAAGAUACAGAACACUUCCACUCUGCCCCUGCAAUACUCCAUCAAACUAGCAUCACUCUCACUAACAAGGGAACAAGAGCAGCAGAGACUUCCCUUCUUCAUCACAUCUUCCCCAGGAAGGACAGACUCUGUUGGUACACAGAACUACAGUGGUUUAAGUGUGUUCAGUGUAUUUCCAGUAGAGGGCGUAAUUGAGCCUGGGAAGUAUCAGGAUUUCACUGUUACCUUCAGUCCGGACCACGAAAGUUUGUAUUAUUGUGACUGCCUCAAGGUUGUUCUCUUUGGCAAGGAAAUAGCUCGUGUGAUCUGGCUGAAGGGUGCUGCGAGAAACCAUAUGAUGUUUGUGGAAGGUGGGGAUCCCUUGGAUGUACCCAUAGAGUCUUUGGCUGUGACAUCACCUAUGUCUGAAGAUGCAGUAAAAGGAGAGCAGGAAGAAUCAGCAAAGUCCAUCCUCCUGAGCCUGGAGUACAUCCAGGCAGAGACCUCUGGGACUCCGGCAGUAAGGGAGCUGAAAAUCGGGGCUAUACGGACAGCUCAGUUUGUAUCAAAGAAGAACGUAGAGUUCAGUUUGGAUAACCUACCACUCCUUCAGCAGAAGGGAUUUACCAUUGAGCCUGUUAAAGGAACGGUUGAUCGUGGUCAAAUAAAAUCCAUCAGUGUUUCCUGGGUGCCACCUGCUGACUUUGAUCCAGAUCACCCUUUGAUGGUGGCAGCUAUACUGACCUUAAAAGGAGACAUUAAAGAAUCUUACAAAGUGCUCUUCAUAGCCAGAGUGGUGUCCACAUGAACUCCCACUGAGUGAAGCUAAACCGGGUGAAGAAUCACUGAGGCUUGCUCAAGCUGUUAAUUCGUUAUCAGAUCUCAGAACGUAAGGAGCUCGUGCAAGAGACUGCGGAGAUCAUUUUCAUUUGUACAUGCAAAUAUGUAAUUGCUGCAAAAACAUUUCUGCUUUUGUGUGCACUCUAAGAGCAAUAGCUUUCGUGCUGAAUUUCUUCAAAGAUUGGCUUUAAGGGGUGUAGAACAAGACAUGGAGAGCACAGAAAAGAUGGCUGAUAAUGUAUUAUCCUAGUUAUGGGCCAACUCCUGAGAGAUACCAUGCAUCUACUACUGCUCUGAACUCCAGUCUCAGCUCAGACCCAGAGUCUGAAAGGUAUUAAGUAUUGUUGUGCCUAAAGGAUUUAGGAGCCUAAACUCAUUUUCAAAAGGAAUUUAGGCAUGUCAGAGUCUAAAUCCCAUCCAUUGUUAACAUAGUAUUGACUCCUAAGUAGCUAUAUCCCUUUAGGAAAUGAGACUUGAGCCUGUCAAUGCCUAAAUACCUUUAUAAAACUGGGCCUCAGGGCAGGGACUUUUUUCCUGUCAGCACGUGUAAGUUUAUAAACAUAUUUUUCCAGUUGAUCCAAUUUUUUGUGGUAAAUGGUUAAAAUAAACAUACAAAACCAGCA